AGGUGGCAGUAAACACCGGAAGCCGGACGUGUUUAUAAGCAGCUGCUAAGCUAACAGGCUAACAGGCUAACUGACAGCGCUGGUUGAACUUUCCUCCGAGUCCGAGGCCGCAGAGUUUCUCAGGAUGAGUCUUCAGUGGACGGCGGUCGCCACCUUCCUCUACGCAGAGGUCUUCUUCAUCCUGCUGCUCUGCAUCCCCUUCAUCUCGCCCAAGAGGUGGAGUAAGAUCUUCAAGUCUCGUAUCGUGCAGACCAUCGCUCUGUAUGGAAACACCUCGUUCAUGGUGGCCAUCGCCAUCCUCGUCUUCCUGCUCAUCGACGCGUUCCGUGAGGUCAGGAAGUACAGCGUCCCGGAGAAGGUCGACCUGACCAACAACCCCAACGCCGUCGAACACAUUCACAUGAAGCUGUUCAGAGCUCAGAGGAACGAGUACAUCGCCGGCUUCGCCCUGCUGCUGUGCCUGUUGCUGCGUCGGCUGGCCACUCUGCUCUCCCAGCAGGCUUCUCUCAUGGCCUCCAACGAAGCCUUCAAGAAGCAGGCGGAGGGCGCCAGCAACGCCGCCAAGAAAUACAUGGAGGAGAAUGAAGAGCUGCAGGAGAAACUGCGUAAUGCUGGAGUGGAGGUGCCGGAGGCCGGGAAGAAGGGAGCAGGACCACAGGAGGAGAACAAGAACCUGAAAGAGGAGGUGAAGACUCUGAAGGAGGAGAGAGACGCCAGCAAGAAAGCUCUGCAGAAGUCGGACAGUGACGUUCGAGCGAUGAAGAAACAGGCAGAGAACCUGACAGUGGAAUACGACAGACUGCUGGAGGAGCAUAGCAAGCUGCUGGCGACCAGCGACAAGAAGUCAGACUGAGGAGGAGAAACAGUUUCCAGCUUCUCUCAUCUUCAUCUUCAUCACCUUCGACGUCCACAGCUUCUGUUUCCACCUCGACGUCCUGCGCAGCGGUGUGAUGUCACUUCCUCUCUGGCUGUGAUUGCUUCAUUAGCCUGUUCAAGCUUUUUCGGAAGAUAAAAAAAACUCUUCACUUGUGUUUCUGUUGGACUUUCUGAUUUUGUUUCUUGUUCACAGAUUUUUUUGUUUUCUGUCAGUUAAGCGGUUUGUCCGUCUGAAACAAUCGGAUCUGAUAAUUUCCUGUUUCCUGCUGACGAGUUUUCAUUCCAAAAUAAAAGCUCCAAUGGUUUUAUAAAAACAUUCGUCUGGCGUCUCGGACGAAUGUUUUUCACAUUCCCGGUUAAAAGUGUCCAAACAGAAACCAUCUUCAGACUCGGCUCAGAAAUCACCUGGUGAAUGUCGGGUUGUGAAUUUAUCCUGAAUGUUUUUUUUUCUGAUUUGAAUGAAAUUCCCUGAACUCUGACAAAUCAAGUCUCGAAGUUCGUUGCUGUGACGACCAACAUGGGGUCAAAGGUUGCGUCUCUUUAAAGAAGUGAAACUUUUCAUCUUCUGACUCUUGAGUGUUUACUUUUCUUGUUGGUUCAGCCUCAGUUUUUUUUCUUUGCUUUGCUCUGGCUCCGCCCACACUGAUGUGUUGUAAUUUUAAAUCUCAUCACUGUUGCUAUGGUUAUGCCUUCCGUCCACAAGACUCAGAGUUUUCCAGCCUGUGAAUCAGUGACUUGUGUAAACGCUGCUGGUCUCGUUUCAGUUUGAAAACUCUGGGUUUGUGAUUUAGUCUGAACGGAAACUUUAGUAAACGAAGACGUCCAGGUUCUCUUCCUGAUUGGUUCCCGUCAGUCACAUGACUCGACUACGAGCGGUGAAUACAAAACGUUUCUAACACUUCCAGUCAGUAACAGUUCCACCUCGUUAAAACCCUGCUCUCACUCGGUAACCAAGCAACCAACUGUUUACGUCACAUGACCAGUGGACAUGAAUGAAAUGAAAACUUGUCAGUGUGGGCGGAGCCGUGUUCUGACGACACAAGAUCAUUUUGUUUCACACUUUAAACUUUAAAACCUUGUUUGAUGUUUGUUCUGUUGGUGGAGGAAGAAUCACACGAUGUUUGUAUCGAAAGAAAACUUCUGCUCAGCCGAAUGUGAACGAUUGCGUGAAAAGGCUCAAACCAAACAUGAUCAGCGUCUGUUUUCAAAGAUGGCCGACACAGGCUCUCAGUUGUUAAUAAUGACUUAAAGACCAAACCCAUCAGAAACAGGAACAUGCACAUAUGUAACUUCCUGUUGUCUUUACUCACAGCCGCUGGUUUCCUGUGACCUGAUGUGAAACUGUUGAUCUGUAUGUGAAAGUUCAUGUGAGGUUCAUGGAUCAUGUGUCAACUUCCUGUUUGAUACGAAAUAAACUGUCGACUCAGUGGA